UUGGCCUCUCGUCCAAGCGCGGCUUUGUGAGCUUUGACAACUUGAAGGGCACAGUGUCCAACAUGAUCUUGCAGCUAGGCUGGCACGAGAUAGACAAGUACGCGGAGCUAGAGCCGGAUUCUGCUUUGACUUGGGACUCUUGGGUUGAGAGGGAAAUCAAGCGGCGUGUUUUUUGGUUAAAUUACGCCCUUGACAGCCACCAUGCUUGUAUCGCCAGUUGUCCGCCGGUUAUAGAUAAGAGCACCGUGUAUGUGCGCGCCUCAUGCAAUGACUGCGAGUGGGACGAGCUCAGCAUGGAAGUGCUCAGGGUUAACCACACAAAAAAUCUUGGCGACCCCGUUUCAGAUAAUCAGACUUUGGAGGCUAUCGCCUACAUGCAGAGGGCGAUCUCUCAUACAUUUACACUUGUCGCAAACUUUACCAGCUACCUAGCACAAAUCGGCAUGCUGCACCGCAAUGCAAAAGCAAAAUGGCUCCGGCAGCGCGCCAGCGGUGGUGGGCAAUCCUUAGCACAGAGCACCAACAGCAAUUUGUAACGCUUCUGGGAGACAUGGACGAGUUCAAGAGAUGCGCCAGCGAUCUGGAGUCAUGGAAUAGCAGCAUCGUGUCGGCGGAGACCCUCAAGGAUCCGCAGCUGGAUCCCCGGAGCGUUACAUUUUUUGGAACCUGCAGCACCGCCAGUACAUCUUCGCGUGCGGUACUUUUGCCUGGAUAUGUAUGGCUCAGCCAUGGUAAUACUUCUGCACUCUCAAACCGCCCGUCAUUCUUCUUCGAGGCCGAGACCGAGCACAAAGUAAAAUUUUCAAGCACUAAUGAUUCCAAGGAGGGCAAACCUGACUUGCAAGAGUCUCUUCUCCGGGCAUUUGGGCCGAACUGGUGCUUGGGUUUGCUUGUCGAAGACAUUGUGCCGUCCUCGUGGCAACUCUGCCUUGAGUGCGCCCAUGAAAUACCGACUUGCCUGCGCAACAACGCCGAUAUUCCGAUGGAAUUCGUCGACGUGAUCUUGUCGAUCAGCAUGUUCUUCAGUCUUUCCGUUAUGCUGCGCCAGAUUCACCGGAUUGAAGACGGCAAGGAGGUACCGCGCGAUGGGGAGCUGGACAGGUGCAAUCAGGAUCUUGUAAUGCAAUGGCUCUAAUAAAGACCUCGAGGUAACCUGGAACAUCGAUGCACUCAUAGACUUGCUCCGCAAAAUGGACAUUGAAGAUGCAGUUGAGACUGCCGAGAGCAGUUACAAUCCCGAUGAUGGAAUUUGCGGCAUGGUCAGCUUUAUUUCUUAUGCUCUCUUUUCUGUAUUAAUCAAAAUCAAGCUUG